AUGGUUGUUCGUCAGAGAGAGGGAGAAGAAGCAGAGAGGCUUCAUCAAGGAUAUCCGCUCAAACCCGAUAUCAAGCUCGAAUUCACCUCUACUGGCCGACACCAAACCCGAGCGGUGCUUCACGGUGUCACUACAAGCGACUGGCUAGCUCAGGCUCAAGCCGCCGUGGAGCAGCCUGACUCUUCCGUCUCUGAUCUCGGGCCUAAGAAGUCGUUUAAUGUGGAGCAAAAAGGAGAGGGUCCAGGGCUAAGAUGCUCACAUGCCAUAGCGCAAGUAGGAAACAAGAUUUACUCAUUUGGUGGCGAGUUAUCACCAAAUCAGCCCAUCGACAAAGACCUUUACGUCUUUGACCUCGAGACCAGGACUUGGUCCAUUUCUCCAGUCACCGGAGACGUUCCGCACCUCUCUUGCUUAGGCGUCCGUAUGGUGUCAGUUGGAUCAACCAUCUAUGUCUUCGGUGAAAGCCGAGACGCUUCCCGCAAAUACUACGGUUUCUACUCUUUUGACACGACCAAAAACGUGUGGAAACUGCUAACUCUGGUCGAAGAAGGACCCACUCCUCGUAGCUUCCACUCUAUGGCAGCCGAUGAUAAAAACAUUUAUGUUUUCGGUGGAGUGAGUGCUACGGAGCGUCUCAAGAACCUAGACGCCUACAACAUCGUUGAUCAGAUGUGGGUACAGUGUGCGACUCCAGGAGAGUCGUUUAGCAUAAGAGGAGGAGCCGGGCUCGAAGUAGUGCAAGGGAAGGUUUGGAUGGUUUAUGGAUUCAACGGAUGCGAAGUAGAUGAUGUUCAUUACUACGACCCUGUUGAAGACAAAUGGACACAAGUGGAAACAUUUGGUGAGAAGCCUUCCGCGAGGAGCGUUUUCGCUAGUGCGGUUGUUGGGAAACACAUUGUGUUGUUCAGAGGUGAGAUAGCGAUGGAUCCAUUAGCUCACGUGGGUCCGGGGCAAUUGGCCGGUGGGACCUUUGCGAUGAAUACAGAGACAUUAAAGUGGGAGAGGUUGGAUAAGUUAGGUGAAGAAGAGGAGACUCCGAACAUCAGAGGAUGGUCGGCUUCCACAAGUGGUACCAUCGAUGGUAAGAAAGGGCUUGUGAUGCAUGGUGGGAAAGCUCAGACCAAUGGCCGUUUUGAUGAUCUCUUCUUUUACGGGAUUGACUCUGCUUAAACUCUUUAAAACGCUGUUAGAUGAUAACCGCUUGCGAUUGUGUGUUUGUGAUUUAAUAAAGAGAGGGUCGUGAUAGUUGAUAUCAUAUGAUCCUUUGUCAGUGUCUCCUUUUUUUUUGUUUAUGUAUGUUUGUUUGUUAUAUAUUUCGUGUUUUAUCAAUAAAAUUUCCUAUUUUCUCCAAAAAAAUCAGAGAAUAUAAAGAAAGAAGCCAAACUAAGAUCAGAGCCAUGAAUCAUAAAUCAAAACAAUCUUAUCUAAUAACAUAAAGUAGAAGGGGAUUCUCUUCUGAUCAAGCCACGUCACUAAUUCGUGUAAGGAGAGUGCGACACUGUCCACUUACGUUGAUUAAACUGAAGCAACCAUAGUGGGCUGCGUUAUGUGUAUGUGGCUUUGUGUUCUCUCAUGAAACUCAGCCCGAUAAUGACGUAAGCUUCUCUCAAUCUGCGUUUCCCUGGAAUUUAGGGUUCAUCCCAUUAUUCAUUUUUUUGGCUUAAUCUUUAAUCCCGUUCUUUGUUCUACGCAAUUUGAAAGCUUGAGAUGCAGUAGUUGAUGUGAGAAAACUAUUCGUUGGAUUUCGAUCGCGUCGUUUGAUCUUCUAGGAUGGUGUAUAAGACGAAUCGUCAUGAAGCAUCUCUGAUCGAGUUUCAGUGGCGUCGUUUUGUAUGAGAUUAGGAGGACACAGGAGCUUGCCAUCUUCCAUCAACACAUACUCCUGCUUGAUUUUAAAGUUAUUAUGUUCUUAAUGAUUUUGGGAAGCAAGGAAUCUCUCUUUCUCUCUUUGUUUGCCUGUUGAAUCGUUUUAGUGAUGGUGAUUUACAGGGGACCGGGCCAGAGCCAUAACUAUGGACUCCUUCAGAUCUUACUCUGUCCAACAGAUCUUCCGAGCAUCUCACUGUUGCGGAGAUUCUUGCUUGGCUUAAUAACGACAGCAGUGAAGAUGGCGCUUCUUGGUUGGCUCAACGGCGAGAGUCUGCCUUCACUGUGAUUUCAUCAAGAGAUACAAACGUUUUUUAUUUGAUCGAUUUCUGCUUUCCACCUAUGCUUGAUUGAUUCUUUUGUGUUUGAUGUGAUUCGCUGUCUUCCAUUGAUCAAAGAAUUAUACUAGAGCAUCCAUCAAGGAAAAAGAUGAAGAAGCCAUAUAUGGGUAAGUAGAAAUUCUAAAGUGUCUUUCUAUAUGAUUCAAGGAUCUAAGAGUCUCUUCAUAGGUAUGUUUAGUUUACUCAUACGUUCCUCUAUUCAUACUAACAAUCUAAUAUUUUUUGAAAGUGGGGUGCUGCAUAUGUAUCCGUGGAGGACCAGAAGAAGCGCGUUUAGCUAUGCAGAGGUAUGUCUAUGCAUCUAAAAUUUAUAUUUGAUGUAUCAUGUUAAUGUCUUUGUGUUGAUCAUUCUGUUUAUGUACAAUACUUGGAACUUAUAUAGUGUGAGUAUGAUCUCAAGAGAUGUGUAGAUUUUUACAAGCUGAGUCACAACAUCCCCAAUUCUGAUGAAUAAACCUCUUAUCUUAUACUUAUGUAACUGACCUUACAAAGGAAGAUGAUCCCCUGAAUCCAGCUGUAACUAGGGUGAUG